CUCACUCCCUCACGCCAGCAAGGCACCGCAACUAAAACACGCGUCUAGUGGCCCCCUCGGGUACCGAUACCUGGUAAAUUAUGACAUUACCCUUGCGAGAUGAGUCCUCCUUCUGUCGCCCUCUCUACAAGGUAUUCGCUCGACCCUUGCGCAGCAAAUCUGCUUAUCCACCUUCAAUCCACUUCAGCCCAGAGGGCACCACACAUUCCUCGGAUCGCCUCCCCCAUUCCACUGUUUCUCAUACCGGUAAGGCCCCUUGGAGCCCUUGGUUCCUUGACCCUGUUGCAAGUUGCGAUUGUUGGCUCAGCCUGCACUGAUUCCCCGAGUCCCUGACGGGUGUCCA